CUCUUUAAUCAGAUGACAAGCCAGUGGAGGCAGAGAUAGUUCCCGAGUUAAUCAGUUCAUUGCAAUGCACACAAAAGCCACAUCUACAAAGACGCCCAGAAGGAGGAUAUAAAAAGACAGGCAGAGAUAGGUAGCAGCACAGAUGGCUAGCGAUGAGCCAGACCCUGUGCAUCCAAGGGGGAAAUUUCCCCACAUCCAAGCCGAGUGCUCGGGCAGGUGAGCCUUGGUGGCUCUGGAUUGCCAUAAAGCAGUGGGCAAAGAGGCAGUGGGCUUCUCACUCCAGCAGCCAAUGCCUUCUCCAAGUGAAUGCUUGCAGGGAGUGGCGUCACAGUGACGCACGUCUCAAAUGGCAGUCCGCAGGCGCUGGUGUUUAUUGCUCCAGGUGUCUUAACUCAGAGCCCAGAUGUCAACCUUGGAGGGAAAAGGCCUGGCCUCAAACUAUCUCUUGCGUAUCAGUGCGCAGGCGUCAGUGUGGCUGUCAACCAGCCACAGGGAACAGACAGACCUCCUCGCGGUGAGCCUGCCCCGGGCCAGCUACAGCCGUGAGUUACAGGGAGAAGCUCAAGAUGGAGUUGGUGGUGUCAGCGUGUAGUUAUCCCGAUCAUAAUUAAAACGCCCAUUGACUCAGCGUCACAUGAUUCAUGAAGUGGAGAACACACAUCAUCACACACCUCCAGCGGCCUCAGCGUGGUGAUCCACUGUUGAUUUUCCAGGCUUCUGCCUUCUGUUUGCAAAGUGGACGCGAUAGCUUCGCAGUAUCGCUGCACAGGCUGAAGAGCUCAUGCAUCAGGGGCUGAGCACCUGCGGGUGGUCGGGGGGGCGUGGCCUUCGGCUUAAGCAUAACCCCUUUCCGCACCCCUGACCAGCGCUUUGGCAGGUGCAACGCCUCACGAUGCCCAGGAGUGUCGACGGCUCAGCUCUGCAUCUGCGCUCUCAGGGGCAGCAGAAAUCUCGCUGCCAGCAACUCCUUCUCACAAAGAUCUCCUGCAAAGAAACAGGAAGUUCUCCAGGCCCGAGUUUGUCCUGCUGGCUGCAGAGGCCCCGGUGAUGCUGCACCUGCCUGGAUCAGUUGUGACCAAAAAAGGGAAGUCCUAUUUGGCUCUCAGGGACCUCUGUGUGGUCCUGCUGAGCGGGCAGUGCCUGCAGGUGAAAUGUGACAUUGAGUCCACGGCAGGUGCCGUCUUCGAGGCCGUGGUGUCCUUCGCCCACCUUGGAGAGCUCACUUAUUUUGGCUUGGCUUACCUGAAAGGCGAAGAGUUCUUCUUCCUGGACAGCGACACCAGACUGUGGGAAGUCGCCCCCGAGGGCUGGCGAGAGAGGCCUCAGCCCUCCGGGGACCCCUUCACGCUCUUCCUGAGGAUCAAGUUUUUUGUCAGCCACUAUGAGCUGCUCCAGCACAGCCUGACCAGGCAUCAGUAUUACCUGCAGCUGCGGAGAGACAUUCUGGAGGAGCGGCUGUGCUGUGAUGAUGAGACGCUGCUGCAGCUGGGCGUCCUCGCCUUGCAGGCGGAGUUUGGCAGUUACCCUAAGGAGCAGGGGGAGAGCAAGGCGUAUUUUCGAGCGGAAGAAUACCUCCCGGCGAGUCUGAUCGAGAGAAUGACGGCUCUCCGGGUCCAGGUGGAGGUCUCCCAGAUGCACCGGCUCAGUUCUGCACCCCGGGGAGUGGACGCCGAGCUGCAGUUCUUGAGGGUCACUCAGCAGCUCCCGGAGUACGGCGUGCUGGUUCACCGCGUCUUCCCAGAGAAGAAGAGGCCAGAGGGGGACACGGCCCUGGGGGUCUGUGCCAAGGGAGUCGUGGUAUACGCAGUGAAGCCCCACGGCAGGACUGCAACUCUAUGGCUUCCGUGGAGAGAGACGGGGAAGAUUUCCACCUGCCGAAAGAAGUUCAGCAUCACCAGCAGCGUCACUGGGAAAAAGCACACGUUUGUCACCGACUCCGUGAGGACUUGUAAAUAUCUACUGGGCCUCUGCUCUGCACAGCACGGGUUCCACGCCCUGAUGGGCUCUGGACAGUCUCCCCAGGUGGCAACGGAACCAAGUAAGUCCAUGCAAAUGGCCUGUCUGAGUCCUGCCCACCAGCACCCAGCCCAGCCCAAGCCUCUCAGUUGGAUUCAGAGGUUGUCAUGCUCAGAACACGAGCUGUUCACGCCCGGGCUGCUGGACACCACGGGAGGCGUGCUGAGCGCGUCCCUGGACAACUUCAACAUGGGAACCAGCAAGGACGCGGGGCCCGAGGGAAUCAGAGGCAGCCUCUGCCAUGGCCCGGAGCUGCCGCAGGAUGCCCGAUUCAUUCAGAAGCCAGCGACUUUUGAUCAUCUCCUGGGGCUGAGCAGGGGGUCACAAAAUAACUGGAGAGAGAGCUUUGCAGCUGAAGCCGGUCGAGAAGUCGUGCGUGUGACCCUGAGGCGCGAUCCACUCCGUGGUUUCGGUUUCGUCAUUAAGGAGGGAGAAGACAUGGGCCAGGCCAACCCUGGCAUUUUUGUAUCUGCUAUUAUCCCAGGGGGACCAGCAGAAAAAGCAAAAACGAUCAAACCAGGUGGGCAGAUACUGGCCUUGAAUCGCAUCCAUCUGCAGGGUUUCACGUUCAACAUGGCGGUUAGAAUGAUUCAGAAUUCUCCCGACACCAUCGAAUUGAUCAUCUCUCAGUGUAAAGGUGUUUGCAGAAAUACCCCCGGCGAAGAAAAGAAUAGCACAGCUGAUUCUGCCAUCUUUUCUACAGACUUCCUGAGCAACAGGCACCAGGGACGGUUGCUGUCACACUCACGAGAUCAGACCAGAAAUGUUGGCGAACUGGAAAUAGCGCAGGUGCAGAGUUCCAUGUCCAGGCUGGGGUCUCAGCUCUCAUCUCUGCCAGUGAAGGGUGCCGGUUCCUCUCGUUCUCCAUCACCUUCAGAAACAAGUGCUGGUGGAAUCUACUUCGUGGAGCUGGUGAAAGAAGAUGGGACCCUUGGAUUCAGCGUGACUGGUGGCGUUAACACAAGUGCACUCUACGGAGGCAUCUACGUGAAAUCCAUCAUUCCCGGGGGACCUGCUGACAAGGAAGGGCAGAUCCUGCAGGGUGACCGGCUCCUGCAGGUGGAUGGCGUGAGUCUGUGUGGCCUCACCCACAAGCAGGCUGUGCAGUGCCUCAAGGGCCCUGGCCAGGUGGCCAGCCUGGUCUUAGAGAGAAGAAGUGCCAGGCCCGCACAGCAGUGUCCUUCUGCUAAUGACCGAACGGGAGAUGGACAGGCGGCUGUUUCCUUGGUAACAGCCAUGCCUGGCAGGCCCGCGAGCUGUGUCUCGGUGACAGAUGGUCCCAAGUUUGAAGUCAAACUGAAAAAGAACACCAACGGUUUGGGCUUCAGCUUCGUGCAGGUGGAGAGAGACAGCUGCAGCCACUCCAGCAAUGAUCUCAUGAGGAUUAAGAGGCUCUUUCCAGGGCAGCCAGCUGAGGAGCACGGGGCCAUCGCCGUGGGUGACAUCAUCCUGGCAGUGAACGGAAGGUCCACCGAAGGCCUUGUCUUCCAGGAGGUGCUCCACCUACUGCGAGCGGCUCCAGAGGAAGUCACGCUCCUCCUGUGCCGACCCCCUGCAGGUGCACUGGCUGAUGUGGAGCCUGGCUGGCAGACACCUGCACCCUCGGCAGACAGAGAAUUCUCCAGGGCAGCAUGUACUGACUCAGAGCAGAGCCCCAGUCUGGAUCGGGAGGAGAGCUGGAGGGACAGCGCCUCCCCCGACACGGGGGAAUGCCUGGGUCUCAUGGCAGAGCCAUUGCAAAAGGCUCUCAGAGAGGCGCAAGGGGGCCAAGGCAGAGAGAGGCCCUGGGCCAGCUCCUUGACACAUGCCCCGGAGUCCCAACCUCACUUAUGCAGACUUCGCCGAGACAAGGAGGCACCGCCAAUGCCUACCGCAUUGGAAAGGGACAUGAGGCAGCACUGCUAUUCUGUUUGUGACCUCCGGAGACUUGGGAGAUUUUCCUUUUCGUCCUCUCUAACCAGACUUGCCAGCGGUCUUUUCUGAGCACCCUCUCUGCAUGUUGGCAGCGCCGUGCACGGACUGCUCUUUCUAACCAGAGGCCUGCGUGGGGAUCUGGGGGCGGCCCCGGGGAAGGCCGACUCUCUCACCUUUGCAUCUGCAGCUGCCUCGCCAGAUAGCAGCUUCGCCGUGCCUCUGCGUCCUGUGUCCCUCCCGUGACGUGGGGAGUCCAGCUGGUGGCCUCGUGAAACACGCACUCUUUCAGCGCCUUUCUGGGGAGGGGCCCGGUAUUUAUGCGAAGGGCUUUGAAAGUUGAGCUGCGCCCAGCCCCCUUCUCAGGCUCUUUCUAAUUCCUCUACUGAAACAGUAGUCAUCGCAGCUGUAAUAAUAGCAUCUCAGCCUCUGCGCCAGGAGCCACGGGAGGGCGGCAUUGGAAGUGUUUGGUUGAAGCAUCCCAGACAUCCCACGUGGGUUUUUUUUUUUUUCCUUCCUGUGUUUCAAAUGCAAAAACGCUGAGGUUCCAGAGAAAUCAAUAAACUCAUCCAGGGUCGGAUGGGCUCUGCGAGGAGUGUGUCUGAGACCUGGGUUGCAGCUCUGUCUGCCAUGCUGUGCCCCCACCCUAUCCUGGUCUCCUCGCCUUGGUAAGGUGCUCUCCCAACCAGCUCCCAUAAUGCCCUGGGCUGCCAGCACCGUUGCACUUACACCUCUGGACAGUGGCAUUUGUUUCCUGCUGUUUCUUCUUUUUAAACUGGAGCUGGGCCGGUGCUGCGGCUCACUUGGUUAAUCCUCCGUCUGCGGUGCUGGCAUCCCAUAUGGGCUCCGGGUUCUAGUCCCGGCUACUCCUCUUCCAGUCUGGCUCUCUGCUGUGGCCCGGGAAGGCAGUGGAGGAUGGCCCAAAUGCUUGGGCCCUGCACCUGCAUGGGAGACCAGGAAGAAGCACCUGGAUCCGGGCUUUGGAUCCACGCAGCGCUGGCCGUAGCAGCCAUUUGAGGGGUGAACCAAUGGAAGGAAGGCCUUUCUCUCUAUCUCUCUCACUGUCUAACUCUACCUGUCAAAAAAAAAAAUAAACUGGGGGCUCCCUCCAGAGCGGGGGCCAUGCCUUAUUCACUGUCUGCUUGCUGGUGCUUGGAGCCGUCUCGGACAGGAGCUGUCUGAACUCUGGCUGGGCCUCACAGGAUGCAUCGUUGUGAACAUUCUGGAAGGCAGGGAGAAGGGGGCAAGGGAUCUCUGAUCAAGGCUGGGAGGCACAGGGGUUUCUGUUUUCCAGCAAUGAAUCGGACAAGGACGAUGAAGAAGGGGGCUCGUGCCCUCCAUCUGAAGCCCCUUCUCCCGCCUGGGGGGAUGAAGACUACCUGACUAUUGACCCUGCAUCUGAAGGCCAGCUCCCCUGCAGAGACUGUCUGGAGGCAGAUGCAGGCACCAUCCCCUUGCCUCAGUUCUGUUCCUGGGCCUCCCUCCCAGAGCCUUGGCCUCCAGAAAGCUGUCAUGGGAGUGAAGACGAAUGGGAAGACAUAGAGGAGCCUGUGGAUACGGAUGGCGAUGGCGAUGGCGAUGGUGACGGCCUCCGGUGGGUAUCACCCAGCCUGGGGGAGGCGAGAUGAGGCUGAGCUCUCUUGUGGGCACAGUGUUUGCACUUUGGCUGGGGAGAUGGGCCACGAGCAUCCCCAGUUUCCCCGGCAUCCCUGCUGGGGGCCACCCCGGUAGCUAUUGUCACUGACUACCCACUGUGGUGCAUGUUCCAUGAUGAUGACAGGACAGGACCAGGAAUGCCAUCGCCCCGUUUUACACACAACACAUCUGGGGCUUGCUGAGGUCUCUACCCAGUCAGAGUUCACAGCCAGGCCUGGCGUCAUGGCGCAGUGGGUUAAGUUGCACCUGUGGCAAUGGCAUCCCAUAUGAGCACUGGUUUUCCAAUCCUGGCUGCUCCACUUCCGAUCCAGCUCCUUGCUAAUGCACCUGGGAAGACAGCAGAAGACGCCUCAAGUGCUUGGGCUCCUGCCAUCCAUAUGGGAGACCCGGAUGGAGUUCCAGGCUCCUGGCUUUGGUCUGGCCCAGCCCUGGCCGUUGUGGCCAUUUGGGGGAGUGAACCAGUGGAUGAAACUCUCUCACUUUCUUUCCCUCUGUCUCUCCCCCUCUCUCUGUGUUACUCUGCCUUUCAAAU